UUGACCUUUUUAAUAACUUAUUUUUCUAAACAAUAGUCUAAUUGAUCCUGAACAUUUUACUACUACAUAGUAGCUCUCUUCAUUUCAAUGACUAGCUUAAUGCUUUGAGCCAAUAAAUAUUUAUCUCUAUAUCCUUUUUUUAAUAGGUGUCUUUCUAAAAUAAGAACCUUUUAUUUACAGUUCUGUCCUUGGUUACAGGACCCUCGAGUGUCUCUUUCCCACCAAGUGUGACUGAGCCUGGCCUCGAGUGCUGGGCUGGUUUUCCUUCUCACUAUGAGAGCCACUCCCUCGAGACCCUGCACUGUGGUGAUCUCCCUUGCCUGAACUUCAGAUGUUUUUUAGAAGAAAUAUUUAGCCUGAGCCACCUAGCCAAAAGCGAUUCUUUAAAUUCUCAGUCUUUGGCCUGGAGACAGAGCACAAAGAAUCAAUUGUAUAUGUGCUUACUUAGUGGUUACUUAGUUUUAACAUCUGCAGAAAUCGCCAGUUUUGCUGGGAAGCUAAUUUGUAAAUUGCUUUUUGAUGUCUGUUCUGUACAUUUCUGUAGUUUAACACUUUUAGCCUGCCUACAGGUGAUAGUGUGAGUCCCUCAAUUAUGGUACUUCGAUCUGUCCUGCUUGUACUGCUCACACGGUACAGAAUAGUCCUAGCAGAUACAAUGCCGUUUUGUUUUGUUCUGUUUUGUGUCUUAAGAGGAUCGAGGGGCACAGUGUUGAUUUACUUACCUAAAGUGAUUUAUGUUUUUUCCAGUUCACAAUGGGCCAGAUUAUUAAUUCUUCAUAUUACAUGCUAUAAUGUGAACCUUUCCUUUUCCUGUGAAGAAAUCGAAAGCUGUCUCCUAUCAGUAUUUUGUCACACUUGGUGCCUGAGGAACGCCAGUGGCCUGACAGCAGCAGACAUUGCUCAAACCCAGGGUUUCCAAGAGUGCACCCAGUUUCUCUUGAACCUGCAGAACUGUCACCUGAGCCGUUUCUAUGAUAACGGCCCCAUAAACGGGGGCCAUCAGAGCCGAUUCCCUAAUCAUGCUAGUGCGGGAGCCAAUCGCAAGAGAUGCUUGGAAGAUCCGGAGCCCUUUGGAGUGAAGAAGGCUCGAACCGAAGCUCGGAGCUCGGGUCCCUGCACGCCGCUGGGGAACAGUGACGCAGACGACGAAGCUGACAAAAUGCUGGUCGACAGAGAGCUCACGGCUGUCACAGGUGGGAGUGGACAGUUCCCUGUUAGCUGCGGCAGCAGCCCCAUGGUCGAAGACACCAGACAGCAGGAGGGUGGUUCUGUCGGACCCAGAGAAAUAGAAGUAUACACGGUCUCAGCGAUGCAAACGCCUUGUCGCUGCAGGAACCAGUAUAUGAAACACAGUAGCCCCGCGUCGGAUACAUUGGCAAAUGGAUGUGUCAUCAAUGGACAUUUGGACUUCCCCUCCACGACACAGCUCAAUGGGACGGAGAGCGGGAGUGACCAGAGCUUAUCAGGAGCUAAUGGUUUUAGCAGUGGCAUAGUUCAAGGACGGCCUUUUCCGAGUAGCCAGGGUUCGCUUUGUGUCAGUGGGACCGAGGAGCCGGAAAAGACCAUGAGCGCUAACGCCGAGAUGUGCGGCUCUCUGCACCUGAACGGGAGCCCGAGUAGCUGCGUGGCUAAUAGACCUUCCUGGGUGGAGGGCAUUGAGGAGAACCUGCACUACGGGCAUUACCAUGGGUUUGGGGACACCGCUGAAAGCAUCCCCGAGCUUAGUAGCGUGGCGGAGCACCCCAGCUCCGCGAAGGGGGCAGAGAGACACGGCGGUGCCACCCUGGGGGCCAUGCACCUGUACCACGGCUCGUAGAGACCGGCAGCCUGACCGUGCGGACGCGCCCAUCCCUCCUAGUAGCCGACUACGAAUACUCAUGUAGCGCCCAUUUGAGGGAAUGUCACGACUUGUACUGGUUUUGUAUACUUCAGCUUUCUGACAAAGUCAGCUUGUGUUUGAGAAGUUCCUCGUGAGUCCUGUUGUAUGCACGAGGACGGCUGACUAAGCACCCAGGUGUUUCCUCUGCAGGUUGGCGGGCCUCUUUCCGAGUCUAAUUUUUCGGCUGCCAGCCUCGGUGUUUUCCUUUGAACAUCGUCACCGUAGAAUGCCGUCCUUCCAGACUGCUGGUCCACAGUCCUUUUGAAAAGUUUGCUUCUGCUCUAACCCGUAGAAUCUGUGACAGAAGACGGCUCGUUCCCUAUGCAAAGUACAGCCUUACAAAGAUUUCUUGAAAAAAAGAACAUUUGUCUUUUUCAAAGUCUUUUCAUUGAAACUUUGCAACUUACCGUGUGGUGGGUCUUCCAGGCACGCGUGGUGGUUUGGGGGCGGAAGCGGCCCCUUUGUCAACAGCGUAGCUCCCUGCCCCGCGUUUCACUGAAAACACCUGCAUCCAGGACUGACUUCUGCCCUGUCGUGGUUUUAUCCCACAUUUCUUGCUUUGUCUCCACGGUUUGUACCACAGAUAACGGUUUCCUUUGUAUGUAGUGGAAAUUACUAUUUGUAAGAAUUGUCAGGUCAGGAUAUUUAUAACUGACUAUUUUGACUUAUAUUUUCUUUUUUCUUGUUUUUUUUGGGGGGGGGAGGGAGUGGUUUCUGCUUUAAAAUGUAUACCACUAUGUGUAUCCCAUCUACUGAGAGAAUUUUGGAUCUCUCUUAAUAAAAGUGCACUAAGUUUAUGGUUUUAUAGAAAUUAGCUUUUGUUUAAGCAGCUAGUGGUCACACUGUGCAAAUAUUGUAAUGAAUUUUUACUUUUCUGAUUUUUGUAAUGAAAAUUGGUGAAGUUAGAGAAAAUGUCCAUUGAACAAGCCAAUGUCCUAAGAGUGUUACUAACAUCUUGUUUUUAAACUGUGCUUUACAGAUUGAAUAAAAAAACUCACGCUUGA